AUGUAUUCCUUCUUGGCUGCUGGACUUUGUUACUGGGCUCUGAUGCGAUUCGUGCCAGAGGAGGAGAGCAGAAUGGAUCACGAAAUCACCGGCGAAGAGAUUCUCAUCGCAAAUGACGAGAGAAAAGGGAAGUAUUGGCACAGGGAAGAGAAGAAGGGGUUCUCGGUGAAGAGUUGGGUGUCGAGACGUACGGGCAGCGAUUCGAGCAUAGCUUGA